UUGUCUUCAGUGGUGAUGUCUCUACUGAGCUGUCCCUCAAACCAAGUGUCUCUGACUGUGAGUCCCAACAGCUCCCAGGUGUUUCAGGGACAGUCUGUCUCUCUGAGCUGUGAGGAGGACGACAGCUCUGCUGGAUGGACUCUGAGGAGGAUCACAGAAAAGGACAUCAGGACUCAGUGUGGAGAUGGCUGGGGAAGACCUGCUGGUUCCUCCUGUAACAUCAGCUACAUGCUCCCGUGGGACGGUGGGGUGUACUGGUGUGAGUCCAGAGAGGGAGCAACCAGUACCAGCAUCAGCAUCACUGUCCCUGGUGGACCAGUGAUCCUGCAGAGUCCUGUCCUCCCUGUGACGGAGGGACAAGACCUCACUCUGCACUGUAGGACAAAGACGUCCUCCAACCUCACAGCGUCUUUCUAUAAAGACGGCUCCUUCAUCAGGACUGGGCCUGCAGGUCACAUGACCAUCCCCCAUGUCUCCAGGUCUGAUGAAGGCCUCUACAGGUGCAACAUCAGCGGUGUUGGAGAGUCCCCCCCCAGCCGGGUCUCUGUCUCAGGGAGACCAGAGACCUCAGACCCUCCUCCCAGCUCUCUGCCGCCCCCUACACUCUUCCCCCUGAAACCUCUGCAGCUCCACUCCCUCCAACCUCUGCAGCUCCCCCCCGGGCCUCAGACUCCCUCCACCUUUUGUGCAGACUAGUGGUCCACCUGGUGGUGUUCU